CCCUACUCCCUAUUUCUUCUAUAAAAUUUUCCCUUAUUUGCAAAUGAAGCGAAGAAAGGGCAAAGAAAAUAUUGGAAGGAAGAGGAAGGAUUAAAAGGAUUGGAUUGGAGAGACAAGCUCGUCAGACUGGAAGCUGACCACCAUUGAUCACGCACACAGCUACAAAUAAUAUAUUAGUCUUCUCUUUACCAUGGUAUAAAAGAGAGAGAGAUUCAUCGAGAUUUGCGCCAGUGCAAAAGGAGAGAGAAAAGAUCUUUUGAUUUUAUUCACCGGAUCAUGUUGAUUUUAAUAGCAAUUUAGACCCCAAAAAAGAAUUCUGAUUUUAAAGGCAAAGGCGGCGAGAAUUUAUUGAUAUGAUGUAGCUGAUAUAAACAGCCCCAUCAUUCAUACACAUGACUCCUUACCCCAAAGAUUUUUAGCUCGUCUCUUUUACUCUCUCAUCUUUCUUCUAACUUGUUAGCUUUGUUUCUUACUUUCUUCUUCUAUUUAUAAGCUUCAUAGUAUUGUCUCUUUUCUCUCUCUCUCUUACGCCACACUUGUGUUUUGCUUCUUCUUUACCUUUAUUUGUCUUUGGCUUGGGAUUUUGGACCAUUUGGUUUGGUUAGUGAAUUUUGUAUAAACGUCAUCAAUGUUAUCAUAAAGUGGGGGAAACUGGGAAAAUGGGCUGAGAACAGCGUACGUGUUCGAAUAAAGGUUGAAGAGGAUAACGAAGGAAGGGCUGUUGCUGAGAGAGAAAGAAAGAAAGAAACUUUGCCGUUGGUACAUAGUAUCAUUCAUGUAUGGGCAUCUUACAACCACAAGGAACUUAGGCGUCGCUUCUUGAGUUUGUUUCGAGAGUGUUCACCUGUCGUUUCUUCUCCUCUCUAAGGUUUAUUUUCGAGAAAAAAAGAACAAAAUGAAGUUUAUGAAGCUUGGCUCGAAACCUGACACCUUCCAAGCUGAUGGCAAAUGCAUCCGGUAUGUCAUAUCUGAUUUGGCAACAGAUGUCACCAUCAUUGUUGGUGAAGUGAAAUUUCACCUUCACAAGUUUCCUCUAAUGUCUAAGAGCAAUCGAUUGCAAAAGCUAGUUCUGAAGGCUAGUGAAGAGAACUCUAAUGAAAUUGAUAUGGUUGAUUUUCCUGGAGGACCGAAAGCUUUUGAAAUUUGUGCGAAAUUCUGCUAUGGAAUGACCGUUACUUUAAAUGCUUACAAUGUUGUGGCUGCUCGUUGUGCGGCUGAAUACUUAGAGAUGACCGAGGAUGUUGAUCGAGGUAACCUGAUUUUCAAAAUUGAAGUAUUCAUCAACUCUAGCAUAUUACGUAGCUGGAAAGAUUCCAUCAUUGUUCUACAAACCACCAAGUCUCUUCUACCAUGGUCUGAAAACCUGAAGAUUGUUGGAAGGUGCAUUGAUUCCAUUGCAUCUAAAACCUCUGUGGAUCCUGCAAACGUCACUUGGUCCUACACGUAUAACCGGAAGUUAUCAGCCCCUGAAAUAAUAGUCAAGGGUGGUAUGAAAUACCAAGAGAAGAUUGAAUCUGUUCCAAAGGAUUGGUGGGUUGAAGACAUAUGUGAGCUAGAGAUUUUUCUGUACAAACGAGUCAUGACUGCUGUAAAAUCAAAGGGAAGAAUGGAUGGUGCAAUCAUCGGUGAGGCACUCAAAACUUACGCUGUCAGAUGGUUGCCAGAUUCUGUUGAUGCCUUGAUUUCUGAUGUACAUUCCUGGAGAAACAAAUUAUUGGUGGAAACAAUUGUAUGCUUAUUGCCUUCGGAUAAGGGUGUGAGUUGUUCAUGUAGUUUCUUGCUGAAGCUGUUGAAAGUUGCCAUUUUGGUUGGGGUGGAUGAUUCAGCGAGGGAAGAUUUAAUGAAUAGGAUAAGUUUAAAGUUGGAUGAAGCUUCUGUCAAGGAUUUAUUAAUCCCAGCACGGUCUCCCCAAACAACCAUUUAUGAUGUUGGGAUGGUGCAUUCUAUUGUGAAUCAGUGUAUGAUCAAUGAGAAGUGCAGUCAAGAUUUGGAUCUUGGAAAGAAUGAUGUGGGAUGUACUGAUUUUGUUCUAGGGCAUGGAUCAUUGUUGAGUGUUGGUAAAGUGAUUGAUGGGUAUCUUGAAGAAAUUGCACGCGACCCGAAUCUUUCCCUUGCCAGUUUCAUUGACUUGGCACGGUCUAUCCCUGAGUUUGCCAGACCGGUUCAUGAUGGACUCUAUAAAGCCAUUGACAUGUACCUCAAGGAGCAUCUGAGCUUGACGAAGGCUGAAAGAAAGGAACUGUGUAGUCUGAUGGAUGUGAAGAAGUUGACAAUGGAUGCGUCAAUGCAUGCUGCACAGAACGAUAGACUUCCACUUCGGGUUGUAGUUCAAGUUCUGUUCUUUGAACAGGUUAGAGCUUCAGCAGGAGUUCAAUCACUUAAUAACAAUCCCCGCGAUGCUUCCCGUUCCACUACGAACACUGAGGAAGAAUGGGAAAAAACUGCAGCUGAAGAUUGCAACUCCAUCAAGAAACAGAUGAAUCAGACCAAGAUAAAAGAGGGUGAAUUCCCCAAAAAUGGUAAAUUUUUGAAGAAGGAUAGCAGAAACAGUAAAAGUGGGAUGCAGCUGCUGCCAUCUCGAUCAAGAAGAAUAUUUGACAAGUUGUGGGUUGUGGGAAAAGGGCAUGGGGAGAACAAAAGUUCCGAGACCUCUGGAAGUUCGCAAAGCCCGACCUCGAUGGUUCCAGGGGAUACCAAGUCCGCGGCUUCAUCUGCCAAACACAGGAGGCAUUCUAUUUCGUAGACAAGGACGAUUCAGAAACUAUUACUAGUGUAAAAAAAGGUUGUAGUUUAUGAUGGCCGAUGGGGGUGGUUGUGAUGUUUGAAGUAUUCUAAAAUGGUGGUCAGCUGGGGGGAAAAUAAUAAUGUAAUAUCAGUUUUUUGGGUCCUUCUCUUACGAAAAUCUUCUAUCUAAUUGUAUGAUCAUCCAUUAUGGUAUCAAGCGGACUACAUUUUUAGUGAAACUUAAUAGCCUUUUACCAAAUUGUCCAGUGAGACAAUUUUCUGUUUA